UUUCCUCUUUAAAAAUCCAAAAAAACAAAACAUCUCCACAUUUUUCCCACUUUGUUUCAUAUAGUUCCAUUCCAUGGCAGAUUACAGCAGAUCAAACAUGUACAGCGAUUCAAACAUGCAAAUAGAGGCUUAUUAUGGGCCCACACCCGAUUUCCGGUCAUACAGCACCUCAGGCGCCUACUACCAAACAGCGGAGGCGCCGCGGAAGCUGAAGAAGGGGAAGAGCACCGGGGGGUCGAUGUCCAAGUCUUGGAGCUUUAGCGAUCCCGAGGUGCAGAGGAAGAAGAGGGUUGCGAGCUAUAAGGCUUACACGGUUGAAGGCAAAGUCAAAGGCUCUUUUAGGAGGAGUUUUCGAUGGAUUAAGGAUAGAUGCACUCUUCUCAUUCAUGGCUUCUGAAGUUGACUGUGGCUGAGAGAUUGAUUAUGGGAUUUCAAGAUAUGUUGAUUGGGUGUGUGACAGACCAUUUUGAUUGUAAUCAAGAAGAAUUCUUGAGGUUAUAUAGAAUUGCAAGACAUUAGUUUGAUAAAAAAAAAAAAGUUUGAGUUGAGUGCUGACUUAUUGGUUGGUUAUAAAAAUAAGUUGCACGAUUUAUCAUAUGUUAAUUGUUGAGGAGUGAAAUACUGAAAUAUGAGACCAUUUCUAUGUUUUUAUGUUUUUUCA